AGAGGUGAUGCAGGAUAGCAAAAUGCGACCUACCACAAAACUGCCAAGUGUGGAAAGGUUCAUUGGUGGAUCUCCCAGUUGGAGACGACAGACUUGUUGGCCAAUUGUUGGGUAGCCCUUGGUAUUCUUAGGCUGCGCGACUUCUGCUGCAUAUGCCAGCGUCAGCCGCGUCAGCCCAGGCACAGCUGUUUUCCGACCAACACAUCGUUCCAACCACACGGAAUGUCAUCACGACAUCAAUGUCUUACGAACAAAAAGUAGAAGGCAGUGCAUCUUGGAACCCACGAAUCCCAUUCAACAAGCUUGACUUCACACGAUCAGACCUGCUGAUGCGACAAAAGGUUUGGUUGCCCCGCACGUGUUCCCUUGCCCCGCACCAUUGGCCCAAUGGUGUUCCUGGCCACCACUGGGCAGCAGGCCACAGAAGUCAAGGUCUUGGUGCCUCCCGAAGAGGCUGUCUACCACGGUGAAGUGAAAUCCUUCAAUCCCAACAAGGGCUAUGGUUUCAUUGGAUGUGACGCUUUCCCAGGACAAGAUGUUUUCGUGCUGAAGAGCGAGAUGCCAGGUGGCUUUGCACCUCAGGGAGGUCACUGCAAGUUCAAGGUGAAGCAGGAGAGCGAGAAAGGUCCCGCAGCCACGGAGGUGCAGCUCUUGGGAACGGCCGGAAACCAGUACCAGCAGAUGGAACACAUGGCGUUUUACAGUGGCUCCAAGGGCUUCAGCAAGGCCAAGGAUACCUUCUGGCAAGAUCUGCAAGCACAGAUUUUGAGGUCAGAAUCAUCAGGUGGGAGGGCGUCCGGUGGGACGACGCGUGCGGUCACCUUGGGGGCCAGCUGCUCCGGGGCGAGGCGCGUCCUGGGCCUCAGAGGCUGUCGCGGAAGACUGCGCUGGCAGAGAUAACUUACGUCCAUUUACCGUACCCCGUAAAUGUGUCUUGGGGCUCCCGCAAACAGAACCCGAUGCAAAAAAUCUACUUGUUUUCCGCUACUGACUACUGACUAGCGCAUGGGUUGCUUGCAAGCACGGCACGCUGACGCCCCGGUGCAGGAGUAUCAAAAGAUGACCGAACAGGCGGUCGAGAAGUUGAGAGACGACCCUGAACUAAAGGAUUUCUUCGAAGAUGUGAAGAAGAUUCUGAUUCUUGAUCUGAAGUUCCAGAGCCACUGAAGGCUGAAGGUGUCCAGGCCGGGAUGAAUCAGAUGUGCCCGGCGUGCCGGAUGAAUUCGGAUUUGCAUUGCUGCAUGGGGGCGCAAGGGAGAGGAACAGAUGGAA